CCUAUAAAAGCCACUCUUGCCAACACCUUCUCCGUGCAUCCUGCUCCUUGGCGUUCUACGCACCCUGCCAGGCUGAGCCGGAAGCCGACACCAUGACGAAGGACCAGAGCGGCACCUGGGAGAUGGAGAGCAACACCAACUUUGAUGGCUACAUGAAGGCCCUGGAUAUUGAUUUUGCCACCCGCAAGAUCGCACUACAUCUGACUCAAACAAAGAUCAUUGAGCAAAACGGGGAUUGCUUUAAGACGAAAACCAACAGCACGUUCCGCAACUACGACGUGGACUUCACGGUUGGAGUGGAGUUUGACGAGUACACAAAGGGCCUGGACAACCGGCACGUGAAGACCCUGGUGACCUGGGAUGGCGAUGCCCUCCUGUGUGUGCAGAAGGGGGAGAAGGCGAACCGUGGCUGGAGGCAGUGGGUUGAGGGGGACAAACUGCACCUGGAGCUGACCUGCGGGGACCAGGUGUGUCAUCAAGUGUUCAAGAAGAAAUGAGGUCCCACCGGACGCUGACCGAGCCCGUGCGCCGAGUCCCCACUCCGAGUGCUCUACCUGUUUCAGGAAGGACAUGGGGACACUCCAUCAUGGCGGUCGUACCUGGCGGGUUUUUUACAUCAAUGUGUGGGUCGUAAGAGGGGUUAUGUGAUAAAAUGAAAUGAAAAAACAAAAAUGGUGCUUA